CAUACCUCUCUGGCCGCCAUGGCGAAAACUGAUCUUCAGACAAACGGUUCUAGUUUUCGUGAAUCCGUAUAUGCCACAGACCGUACUCCAAACCGCCAUGCCUCUCUGAGGACACUCAAUUCCUCAGUUCGUUCAUGGUUGGGAAGGCUCCUGGAUACACCACUGCCCGAUUCUGCCCUCGAGGCUGAGGUUAAGAACGUUGACCCGAACAACGGUAGCUGCUUCCUCACCAUGCAGCGGUUUCAUGUCCGUGGCGGGAUUGCAUUUUGCAGACUGCUGGGAUCCUGCGCAGAUACUACACUAACCCGGCUCGAAUGUGCAUGGGGGAUGGAGUUUGGUAGUCUGAAAAUACAUUUAUCAUGGGCUUGUCUACCGCUGCGUCUCGAUUGGGAAACUAUGUUUGAAGAAGGUGAAUGGGGAAUGCUCCCCGAAACUUGCAUCCUUGAAGAGAUCCAUGUCGCCUCUUUGUUGUUGCGGGACUCUGGAAACUCUCAGGCUCUCAGGAAUAUUCUAGCAUCAACCACGUCAUUCCGCUACCGCAUCCUCCCUUUCAAAAGUAUGAAGUCACUCUACAUACACCGGUUUGAACGCGAUGGCGACAAUACUUCAUAUGUGAGCAACGAUCAAGCACCAUCUCUAUCCGUCCACAUGUACCCCUAUACUUCACUUGGAGCUUUAGAAUCCCAUCUACAGCCUCAGGUUGCGGUUUUCGACCUUGCCCGUAAACUAGAGGCACACGAAUCUUGCGACCCAGGACUCUACGAGAAUGACUUGAAGUUGGUGAACGCAAUUUACGAUAUAUGGAUGUCUGCGCGAAUCCCGCCCGGAACUCCCUCCGAGAGAAGUCUAGGAGGAUGUACAACAACGUCGAGAUCUACUUGUCACUUCUCAUGGAGAGUGCCCCUUUGGUGUGGCGAAUUCAAGAGAGGACCGAGUCCUCCACUCCAGCGCCCUUCUGAGAGACUUACAACUUCUGCCCUCAUGCGGCUCACGGAGGCUCACAAAAUUCAAGUUGCGGAUGAUAUGCACGAAGAGGCUGCACCGAGGGAAGUGACGUUCGCCCCGAAGACUCUUCACUUCAGCCAUUGGUUAGGGCUGCACAAAUGGUUGGAGAACGUCAAUAGUGCCGAUCGUCUGGUAGACGUUAAAGACUGCCUUCCUCACUGGGAUAACCGCCGGGGCAAGCGUCGCAACAAGCCCCACCAUCAAUCACAGAACUCGAUCUGCACAAUAUUUACGUGCCGUGCAAUUCGGUGGCCAAACGUUGGAAACUGGAGUGGGACCCUGAAGUGGGUGUGUUCCGCCCCCCCGCACGCUGGGUACCGAGGCGUGAACGCAAUACUAGGUCUCCCUUUCGGCCAUGGUGCCUCUGAUCUUGUCGUUGUUCUUGGCGAUAGCAAUCCAGGCUGCUGUUGCCGUGAUAUGUCC